UAAAAAUCCUGUGCAACUAUUGUAAGGAAGUGGAACUGGAAAAGCAGAAAAGCCAAGACGAUGGACCGCUAUGUGAUCGUUUUUUGAUAAAGACCAAUGAAAUAAGUGUCAGUAAACAAAGAUUAGUGAAAAAUAAAAUAAUGUUGUUAGAUAACGAACAAGUUGGAUUUGUGGAACAUGGUACGGCAACCCAAAAACCACCCAAGCAUGGAUGGAAAAUGUAUCCUGCUAGGGUCUUAACUGUAAGUGGUGACUUAGAAACAAUUAAAGAAGAAGUGGAGUGGCUGAAUGUUGUGGAUCCAGAAGUCGACCUAGAGACUGCAUCAAGAAGGAGGAAAGUUUGCACUGGUGAUGGCGUGCUGGAUGAUGAUGAGCCAAGGAAGGCAAAGGAGAAAAGGAAAAAUGUAGAGCUGGACCUGGUUUUCCAAGAAUAUGAAGAGGAGCGGAGGAAGGAUAAGGCAACAAUACAAAAGUUGAGAGAACAGGUGGAUUCUCAACAAAAUGAAAUAAGAAGACUGCAGAACCUCAUCCUGAAUUUACAGGAUGGCAUCUCAUCCCUCACAAAGGACACAAUAGAAAAAGCAAUGCAACAGUUUGCUCCAAGGCCCUCUGUUAAGACUACAGAUCUACAGGCAUCAACAUCUCCCACAGAGUUUCCAGCAGCCAGUGCCGACAACAAGGUAGAAGUGCAAGAAACCAUGACUGUCAAGAACCUGAAUGCGAAGAUGGCUGUCAAAAAGGCUUUGACGUACAAGAAGCUGACCAGGACUCUAAUGACGGCGAUGUUUCCUUUGGAAACUCUCCUGAAGAGUUCCGUCACUGGGAAAAAGCUUCAGUACGGAGAAUCCAGGCCCGCAUUAGACCCUGCCAAAGUAAGAUCAAUCAUAGAGGAAGUGAAGAAAAGAUUUGUGCAUGCGAGUGACACUGACAUUAAAGCUUGCAUGGCCCAAAAGUUGAAAGACCUACGGCAGUGCAGUCGCAGUGAUGGGCCUGCACUGUACCUCUGUCAGUAUGACAUUGAAGGAUAUGCGCAGCUUGAGGAUUAAGGAUGAAUGCGAUGGACUAACACAGAGACUCUCUCUCUCUGGCUCUCUCUCACACACAUACACAGACACACAUACACAUACACUGACAGUUUUCCUUUUUUUUUUUUUUUUGGGGGGCAUUUGCCUGUUAUUUGUUAUUUAACCAUGUAAAAUGUAGAGCUAUUACUAUAGCAUACAUCUUGGAACUUGUAUUCUUGUUCCUUCAAUAAAGGACAUGGUUUUUAAGUA